UAUGGAGGGAAGUGGGAGGCUGGAAAAUCCCCAGGCGCACAUGGUAGAUCAAGAGAAAACUUUUCGACUUCAAAAAAGUACUUGGGAUCUUUGUCGAUCGGUGAAAGAAAUCCCACCAGCUGCAAUUAGUUGGAUGUUGGAAGAUUUCACCCAGGCGCACGGAGGAACAAUAUGAGACUCAGGAGUCUAGCCACCGACAUCUAAGAAAAGAACUUCCUGUAUCCAUUUUAGGAAAACAACAAGGAGUAAAGUGGGUCCUCCGCCAACUCAGCUGAAAUUAAUUACUUGGAUCAAGAGCUUCAAGGGCAAACCGUUGAAAGAAAGCCACAGGUUUGGCAUUCCUGCCUUAUCUUAAUUUUGAAAGCUGCAGAGCUUUACUGCCUGGAGUACCGUAGUCUCGCUAUUCUUCCAUGGAGCUCUCUACAGAAGGGUACUACCACUACGAUGAUUAUGAACUGAACACUACUUUCGACUACGCUUCCUUCGAAAUGCUUUGCUACAAAGGUGAGGUCAGAGCAUUCAUCACCUCAUUCCUACCGGCAUUCUACUCUGUCGUUUUCCUCGUUGGGCUCGCUGGGAAUUCCCUAGCGGUGGCAUUCUUCGCCUGCAUCAGAAAACUAAAGACCAGGGUGGAUGUAUACAUCAUGAACUUGGCGGUUGCCGAUUUGUUGCUGCUCUGCACUCUUCCCUUUUGGGCUGCAAGUGCUGCCCACGGGUGGGUCCUAGGUAUCCCUUUAUGCAAGAUCACGUCCGCUACCUACACAAUGACCUUCAGUGCUAGCAUGCAAUUUCUGGCCUGCAUCAGCGUCGAUAGAUACAAAGCCAUUGUCAAAUCCCAAGCUAAACCACGGGCCAUCAACCAAUGCAUCAAAACGUCUUUCCUUGUCUGGGCAGCCGCCAUGUUCCUUUGCAUUCCUGAACUCGUCUUUAACACAGUCGUGGAGUUCAACAACAGACUUUCAUGUUUUCCCGCAUUUCCUCAGAGCACGGGGAACGUAAUUAAUGUAACCAUCGAAAUCAUGGAAAUGUUUCUGAGUUUUGCGCUGCCUUUCCUUGUCAUGCUGGUUUGCUACUCAGCUGUGGCCAGAACUCUCAUUUCAAGCCCCAGUGUUAAAAAAUGCCGGCCUCUGAAAGUUCUUGUCGCAGCGGUGUCUGUCUUCAUCGUCACGCAACUGCCUUAUAACAUCGUCAAGCUUUGGAAAGCCAUUGACAUUAUCUACCCGCUGAUUACAGACUGCAACACAAGCAAAACCAUCGAUAUUGUAUUCCAGGUGACGAACAGCAUUGCCUUGUUCCACUGCUGCCUGAACCCCAUCCUUUAUUUUUUUAUGGGAACUUCUUUCAAAAUGCACAUGGUCAAAAUGGCAAAGAGUUAUGGCUACUGGAGAAGGCAGCAGAGCGCAGCAAAUGAAGAAAUUCCUAUGGACUAUGAAGAUUCUGGGCAAGAAACCAGUAGUUUUACUAUUUAGAAAAUGGGGAGAAGGAAAGCAAUCCGUGUUCGCUUAAGCCAGUCAAUGCCUGGCUGUGCUGGGUUGACACAAGAGAUCCUUGAUAAAAGAACUGAAUAUCGAUUGCGAUAGCUUCACGUGGUAGGAUGAAGCUGUUCCAAUCGAGCAGAUAGCUGGACCUAGCGUACCUGCUUUCUGCUGACAAUAUAACCUAGUUUAAAUGGUCUGAUCUACUCCUAUAGGAAAUGAUGCACAUUAUUUCUAGCAUCAAAUAAUACACAAUAAUGAAAUGUUCAAGUGGAAAUAAGCCUGCUUAGUAGCAAGGAGAUGGAGUGAGCAGAAGCACUCAAUAGCUAUUUUCCUAAAGGCUGGUUUUUCUUCUUGAGAAGCAUGGCUCAGGAAAGAGGGUGGCGAGCCUGUUCUGUUAUAGAAAAUAAAAUCAUCCUAUAAUGCAGAGUUGGGGAAGCAUUGGACUCCACCCCCCAUCAGUAUGGCCAGUGGUCAAGGAUAAUGAAAGCUGUUGUUGGGCUUUAGCUUCCAUUAUCCCUGACCACUGGCCAUACUGAUGGGGGUUGAUGGGAGCCAGAGUCCAACAACCCCUAAAGGAUCAAUGCUUCCCCUGAAAGCCCUGCUAUAAAUCCUGGUGCCAUUGUGCAAAGUUUUCUCCUGUCCCCACCAGGUAAUUUACAUGGAACAUGAAUCCAGAGAACGCAUAGAAUAAUGGCAUCACUACAUGGGGUACAUGUUGCCUUGUGUUCCUGAAAGAAGGAAUAUUAGACAUGGGGAUGCCAUGUUCAGGUGCUGCUCAAGAAUGCACCUGGAUACUUACGGUAUAAGGACAAGACACUUAUUUACACAAAGAUUUGUAUAGUAAUUCUUCUGGGGGUGGGGAGAGACCUUAUUCCUUCAUGUAAUGGAAUUUGAAGGGCAUGCCUUAAUGGGUAGAAUUUCCUAAUACGAUUAGAACUGCCAUGUAACGACACCUGCAACAUUUCCAUUAAGUCACCCACAACACAAUCUUAUGUUUUGUUAUUCCCACUGUAUUUUAUUACUAUAUAUUAUGCUUCAUUUUUGUAUACAAUAAAAGAGCUUCAAUGGAAGAGAAAGAAACCAUGUGUAUAAAACGAUCCCUGAACUACUAUGAGGGUUUUUUUAAUAGGGGAAUCUUUCAAACUCAAAAUUCAGGAGGGUCCCUUAUUGCCUUGCGGAAGUUUUGGGAUAUCAGCUAAUUAGCAUCUCAUGCUAUUCCGAUUCAAAAGAUGGAUACAUCCGUAGCUUUACACAUUGUUAAACGAUAUGUGUGUGUAAAAUAUAUUCCAAAGGAGUCAUUGGUUUACAUCAGGGGUUCCCAAACUUGGGUCUUCAGCUAUUGUUGGACUACAACUCCCAUCAUCCCUAGUUAGCAGGACAAGUGAUCAGAGAUGAUGAGAAUUGUAGUCCAAAACCAGCUCGAGGCCCAAGUUUGGGAAACACUGGUUUACAUGUACGCAGCACAGGGUUGAGGCGCAGCCAAAUUAAUGUGUCUUCUCCACUAUUUAGAGAACACUCAGUUUGAGCAGGUCCCUAGAAUUCAAUUCACAUAUGUGCAGGAGCAAAGCCCCUUAUCUGUGAAACCUUAUGCUGGAGUCCCGUGUGACUUAAUCCAUAGAUAAAAUAUAAUGGAAUACAGUCAUACCUUGGUUUAAGUACACUUCGGUUUGAGUAUUUUCAGUUCAAGUACUCCGCGGACCCGUCUGGAACGGAUUAAUCCAAUUUCCAUUACUUUCAAUGGGAAAGUUCGCUUCAGGUUAAGUACGCUUCAGGUUAAGUACAGACUUCCGGAACCAAUUGUGUCCUUAAACGGAGGUACCACUGUAUCUAGCAUGUAAAUGCAAAGGCCUGUUCAAGCAUGACACUAGGGGAAAAAAUAAAAGCCAUAUUUCUAUUCCUCAUGCAGUCAAUACGGAAACAUGAAAGGACAGAAUUAAAAAUGUACUAUCCAAACGAUUCUUUACUAGCAGAAAUAGAGUAACGUUUGAAAAAUAGAAAGAAGCAUCAACCCGUGGCAUUGAAAAAAUUUGCUAUUGUAUAAUUAGGAGGUCUGGAAGUAGUUAAGAUACAACAGGAAGAGAUAUAUCAGUCAUAAGCCGUUCACGUUGCGAUUUUUUGUGUGUGUGUUUGAUUAUAUAUUAUAUACAUAAUUCUUUUUUGUAUUUUUUGUUUUUGCUAUGAAUUUGUUGAAUUGGAAGCCAUUCUGUAUAUCGAAGACA